AGUUUAUAAUGCGAAAAAUUGUCUUGCGGAUACAGACGUGAAAAAAGUUAGAAAAUGUGUGUUGACUGCGUCAAAGUUAUAAGACCCGAGCGUAGCAUUUGUCUAGAUACCGGAUGCUAUGUUCUCAACUAUUUAGCCUGCCGACAAUGUUCCGAAAGACUUCCGCCUGUAGAGGUAGGAAGAAGCGUCCUAGAAGAAGAUGGAGAGGAAACGAUAAAGUUUACUCGUGAGUAUAUCUUAACAAAAAAGGCACAUAGGAAGGCUAAACGAAAAUUUCUAGAUCAAUGCCCAAACUGUUUGCACAUCAUUGCUGAACAUACGCACGUCUUUUGGGUGGAUCAAGAUGAAUACGGUGACGAAUGUCAAUUUUAUGAGAUGGACUGUAUUUUAUGUGGUGUGAACAAUGAUUCUAGAAGUGUUCUUCCGUUUUAA